GAGGAGCAGAUGAGCAGAAAUCCUCAGGAUAAAGGGCCUCUGCAUUUAUUUAUGUGUUGAAGGGGGUGUGGGCGUGUAAGAUUUUCCCAAGGGCAGAAACGAUGUAGUGUCACUUUAAGAAGGUUCUGCGUCUCAGCUGAUGAAGCGUGGGUCGUGUUGUGACAGACACUCUCUGGCAGGCAAAGCACUCACCGGCUGAGACAAAGCAUGUGGACUAGAAGGAACAGAUUCCUGAUCGUCUUGUUUCUCUCGACGGCCUUCACGGUCGACCUGCUCUUCAACAUUUUACCCAAGUUGCAGCAGCAGCGGCUCAGCCGCGGCCAGUGUCCGUGCGCUGAGCUGCGGGGCACACGCCCGAACCCGGCCAACGGCAGCAGCGGAGCCCAGGCACGUUGGCAGCUCAGCCCAACUCUCUCCAAACUCCGCCAACUCUUCUCGCACCCCUUGUACCGAGUGCAGUCCCUGACCCGGGGGCUAGGCGACCUCCUCUUGGAAAAAGCCGCUGCUGUCAAAUACUACGAUUACAAAGCUAAACGGGCCAACAGGAAAAGAGCACGAACUGGGAAUGUCACAGGUGCAUGGUACAGCUCUCAGGCUUACCAGUCUUCCAACUGGCUGAAGUUCCACUUAACGAUAGAUCGUUAUGCACUGUAUCCACGAGCUGACCCCUUUCUGGAUCUUCUGCUUGAAGAUUUGGCCAUUCUUGGUAUCAGUGAAGUUGAUUAUACAUAUGAUGAAAAAGCUCUGAAGGGGAGGUGCAACUGUAAAGAAGUUGUGAAACCAAGUGGAGCCCAUCUGAAAGUACUGUUAAAAUUUCAGAACUUUGGAAAAGCAAUCUUCAAACCUAUGAGGCAGAAGCGAGAAGAGGAGACUCCAGCGGAUGUUUUUUAUUUUGUUGACAUUCAAAGACAUAAUGCUGAAAUCGCUGCAUUUCACCUGGACAGAAUUCUCGAUUUCCGCCGAGUUCCCCCAGUGGCUGGUAGAAGAGUUCACCUAAGUAAAGAAAUUCAAGACCUGACCCAAAAUGAGGAUUUGAAAGGGAGUUUUUUCACCUCACCAGACCACAAUGUUUGUUUCUAUUCAAAAUGCCUUUAUUCCUGUAAGACUGAGUAUGCAGUGUGCGGGAGACCACACCAGGUGGAAGGGUCUGUGUCUGCCUUCCUGCCCGACCUCUACAUUGCCCAGCGAGAACUCAUCAAGAACCCAUGGAGCAGGUCCUACACAUUUGCAGAUAAAGCAGAGUGGGAAACCAAUCCAAACUAUUGUAAAAAGAUCAAAAGAACUCCUCCAUACAAUGAAGGCAGUAGACUGUUGAACAUCAUCGAUAUGGCUAUUUUUGACUUUUUAACAGGAAAUAUGGAUCGACAUCACUUUGAGGUCUUCACAAAGUUUGGAAAGGAUGGCUAUAUCAUUCACUUCGACAAUGCCAGAGGGUUUGGGAAACACUCACAUGAUGAACUCUCCAUCCUCGCCCCCCUGACCCAGUGUUGCAGAAUAAAGAAGUCAACGCUCUUGCGUUUGAAUCUUCUGUCACAGCCGGGGUAUCAAUUAAGUGACGUCAUGCGGGAGUCCCUACUUCUCGAUACCCUCAGUCCAGUUUUAACAGAGCCUCACCUACUUGCACUCGACAGACGUCUGCAGGUAAUACUGAAGGCAGUUCGUGAAUGUGUGCACCAGCAUGGAGGUGCUGAUGUAAUCAUGGACGAUGUGGGAGAUGAAUUUGAUGGCAUGGACUUCAACUCCAGUGUGCUGGCCAGGUAACAGGCCACAAAUGUCAAGGAAAGGGAGUUCUAUGAAGGCAAGGACUGCAACUUGAGUGAGGAUAGAAUGCUCCCCAUAUUUAAAAAGCAAGCUCUCUAUUGCUGUAGACACAGGAGCCUGCAGAUGCUGGAAUUUGGAGCAACAAACAAGAUACUGGAGUAACAGAGUGGGUCAGGCAGUGUCUUUGGAGGGGAACAGGCAAUUAAUGUUUUGGGUCAAGACCCUUCAUCCAGUCCUAAUGAAGGGUCUCGACCCGAAACAUUGACCGUCCACAUCCCUCCACAGAUGCUGCCUGACCCGCUGAGUUCCUCCAGUAUCUUGUUUGUUGCUCUCCAUUGAUGUGUUUGUAUCAAAUUCUCAGGCCAGUUUCAGCUCAUCCCAAAGCUGUACUAAUGCUGACUGAUUUGCCUCAAUAAGUUUUCCCCUCCAGUUUCAGAGUGUAGCCUGCUGAGUCACCUGGCACUUGCUGUGCUUUGCUGCAUUGGUUCAGUUCUUGCCAGAACCAUUAGGUGGAGCACCUGAUCAUUGGUUGAGUGUUGCACUCAACUGGGUGAAUGAGUCACACUGCCUGUCUUGCCUGGUGAGUGUGGACUUCCCUGCUGAAGUUGGCAUAUCAAAGCUGCAACCCUACCCUGUCCACCUGGUGUAAUUCCACCCAUAGGGCUAUGACCUCAACAGUUACAAAUCUAUAAACUGGAGGUGGGUGAGAGGAGUUCCAGAGUGACAUACGUACUUUGCUUUGCACUGGUGAAAACUUAUUGGAAGCUCCCAUCUGCAUGAUGGGAAGGGUUAGCCUGGGCAAAUGAGCUUUGGUCUGGGCAAGAGGAUUAGUCUGAGCAGAGGUUUGUCCUGUCCAUUACAAAUGCUGGAAAUCAGAAAUAAUAAUGGAGAAUGCAAAGGAACAAGAUAACAGAAGGUCAGAUGACAUCUGUGGAGAGAGGAAAACAGAUUUAAUGUUGCAGAUGGAUGACCUUUUAUCAGAGCUGAUGAAAAUCAUUGACCUGAACUGGAGACAAAAGAGACUGCAGACGAUCGAAUCUGGAGCAAAAGGCAACCUGCUUUAGGAACUCAGCAGGUCAAGCAGCAUCUGUGGAGGGAAGUGGACAGUCGACGUUUCAGGGUGAGACUCUUCAUCUGGUCUGGGAGGGUAGAGGGGAGAUAGCCGGUAUAAAGAGGUGAGGUGAAGUGGCGGGGCCAGAGCUGGCAAGCGAUAGGUGGGUCCAGGUGAAGAGGGGUGAUAGAUGAAGGAGGGAAGAGUGGAAACGGCAACAGAGGCUGGGAGGAGAUCGGUGGAGGCAACAAAGGGCUGCGGAUGAUGGAAUCUGAUAAGAAAGGAAGGUGGAGCUUGGAGCCAAUAGGGGAGGUGAGGUGUGUAGUUGGGAACAGUUGGGGGGAGGGAAUCCUGUGGGACGAUGUGUGGGUAAUAGGCAGA